ACUGAAAGGCUGAAUCUAGGGAUAGUUGCUAGUGUGUUUUUGUCAGUAAUACUCCGUUUUCCAAUCUCUAUUCUAAUCGUAAAUAUUGAUAUUGAUCACAAUGACUAAGAACAAGUGUGAUGAUGGUAUAAAUAUCCGGCAAAGACAUCAUUGCGGUGAUGUUGCAGAUUCGCAUGAUAAUCAAGAGGAUGAAUUGAAUGGGAAUGAUAUUCAAGGAGACGAUAGUAUGAUAUCAUCUAAGACUUCUUUGAGGGAUGCCCAAGAGCGUGGACCUUGUGCAAGGUUUAGGAAAGCAUGUUCUCUCCAUAAGGGGCUACUCCUUGCACUUCUGUCCUGUAUAUUCCAAGCAAGUGGCGCGAUAGGGGUUAAACUACUUUAUGGCAGAAUCCCACCAACUGAGAUUGCUGCAGUUCGACUAAUCUCCUAUUCUCUCUUUGCUGCAGUACUCAGUUUGUACUAUAAGAUAUCUCCUCGAGUUACUCUGAAGCAGCUACCAUGGCUACUGCUCCGAAUCACAUGUGGAACCAUUGCAAUGUGCCUUGCCUUUUACGCCUACCAAAACAUCCCUGUUGGGGAUGCUAAUGCAAUUAUCUUUAUCAGUCCAGUCCUCACAGGAUUCUGUGCUUGGAUACUUCUUGGUGAGAAGUUCACCCUUGUGGAUGUUGGCUUAGCUGUGUUUGCACUUGUUGGUGUUGUCUUAAUCGCCCGUCCGUCUUUCCUCUUUGGGAAAUUUGUAGAGGCCUCAGGAGAAAGAAACACUGUUCUUGGUGUUGUUGCAGCAUUGCUUGCGGCUCUGUUUGCAUCGUUGGUGUUUGUGCUCAUCAGGAAGCUUGGCGGAAUCAGUCUGCAUCCUCUCACCCAGAUUUUUUACUUUGGGCUUUUUGGUUUUAUCAUGACAACCGUGUUGACUGCUGUUCUUGGACUCUUGAUUGUCCCCAGAUGCGGGAUGGAUCGCCUUGUGCUCAUCUUUAUUGCCGUCAUAGGCUUCCUGGCACAGAUUUCCAUGACUUAUGCAUUCAAAUUAGAAAAGGCAGCUUAUGUAGCCGUUGUGAAGAGCAACAAUGUCAUCCUGGCUUUCCUGCUUGAAUUUGCCAUCUUCGGUACUGUCCCAUUUUGGCUGUCACUAAUCGGAGCUGCUUUGGUUAUGGCUAGCUCUCUUGGUGUUACAGCAAAGAAAUGGAAGGCAUCUCAUUCUAAAAAAGAAACUGAUAAUACCAGUGAUAGGGAUGAUGACAUAGACUUGGAAAAUGAAGAAGAAAUGGAAGUCAAUGUCAGACAAAGUUGACAUGCUUUCAGCUUGAAAUUGUUAUAUUAUUGAAUUAUUCUGAAAAUUUCUACCAUCGUUUACAAUGUUUUUUAAAAGCUUUUAUCUACUGGGGGGGGGUGGGAGGGUACUCACGAAAUAAGGCUUACGAAGCUGUGCCACUGGAAUUGGUCGCUUUUUUUUAAGAAAUCUUUCAACAUGGGGUAUAGGUUUAUGCUGAAAAAUCCCUAAAUAUGGCCCCAAUUUUUAGAUACUGGCCUUAAACAUAGGUCCAUAUUCUCCUCCAAUGUCUUAAAUGCAAAUACGAAAUGACCUUACAUUUUGGGUUAUAACAGAGAGAGAGUUGUUGCUUUGAAGGAUAUCUUUAAUGACCCGUGUAGCACAUCCAAGGUAGCAUAUUAUGACAAAUGUAGAGAAAACCAACUGAGGUGUACAUAUCAUUCUAUCAUUUUCUCAUUAGACCAAGUCAAUUUUGUCCUUUGUGGCGAAUGAGUUCCAUCUGGUGGUCCUUCCAAGGUAGAUACAUGUAGUUGUGCAACCUGAUAGUGGAGCUAUAGAGAGAUUGUGAUGUUCAAGGCCCCGUCUUACAAAGAAUUGAGCUUGAUCCGAUCAACCACAACUAUGGAAAGCCAGCAACUAUCAACAUUUAAAAUGCAUGUUUAAAAUAUUUUUAAGGUAUGAUGUACAGGUACAUUCAUUGUUUUCUUGACAUUUCAGUAUGGUCUUCAUUUAAAGGUAUGUUGUGCGUAUUUGUUGUAGGAACAUUUUGACAUUGAUGGAUUUCCAAAUAGAUUAUGUUGAUCGGAUCAUUGCAACUCUCCUCAAGAAGGGGCCCAGGAAUUUAUAUACAUUAGGAUCCUUGAAGAGAGAGCACCCAUUUAUUUUCUGAUAAGCAAAGACAAUUUGCUGACUUUUCUUUGAGUUGUGCAUGUACAGGUCAAUGGAAUGUAACAGAACUUGUUUUAGUGCCAUUGCAUUUUGAAUAAAAAAUUGGUGUCAUUAAUAAUAAAUUCCUGGAAAGGAAUACUUCGAUUCAUAGUGAUUUAUUUACAGGGUUCCCACAGUUAUGGAAAAUCCAGG